AAAUACAGACAAAUAGGUAGAUAUCUAGCUUCUUUCAGUUUGCAUAUAUUAAAUGCGCUCACAAAGUUUUGGUUGGCCCAGGGCUAUAAUAGAAGAUACCUAAUGUGUGAUGCAAUGAGGAUAAAUCCCAAACCAUGUAAUUGAGAAGAAAAGUUUCAACUUCACAGCCAUACCUGCACCUCUAUUCCUUGAUUAAUAACGUUUACACCAUAGUGUAUAACUGAUAUUUGCAAUAGAUAUGCCAGCAUAGACUAGAACCCAGAAGUGACUAGUUCCAAAAGAUCAAACAUCUGUACAACAGAUUUAUAUCAGUGUAAGUAUAACAAGGAAAAGGGAGAGAAAAGAAAAAGGACUUUAAAACAUCUGCAGUGGAAUUUUGUGAGUGACAGGUCGCAGUAAUGUGACGAAAAUUUUGACCCCUCUUGAAAUAGAAAAGUGCAACUUUGAAAUCACGAAAUAUACAAUUACAGGGCAAAACUUCGAUAUAAGUAGGAUCACCCAAUCACAGCAUAAGUACUCUAUUUGUUUGAUGAUAGAAAUAAAUUUCAGCUACACAUCUUAAUAUUGGAGUACUGGAUAACAAAAAAGAAGAGAGAGAGAUCCGUUUUUACGAAAAUACGGCUGAAGAUUUGAUUAAGUCUGCAUGGAAGUAUAUCACUUGGGUUCUGUGAAUCAGUAAAGAUGGUUUAUUGGACAGAUAUGUCUGUGUUAACAUUGAGAUGGGGAUUGCUGAUUCAAGAGCUACCAAGAAAUUUGUCUGAUUUUAAAGACAGAAGACUGACAUUAUCAAGAACUGUUUUUUAAUCAUUUGAUUAAUUGUUUUUAUGACAUUGGUUAAGUUCCUGUGAAAUUGAAACUACAUCUAUAAAAAUAUUAUAUUCCUGUGAUGUCUCUGGAAAAAACAUUCCUCAAAAGAAAUAGUAUGACUAAUAACAAAGGUACUCAUAUGGUUGAGAAACCAUUCCACUGUGAUGUCUGUGGGAAAACAUUCUUUGGCAAUAGCGCAUUAAGUAAACAUGUACGUGUGCACACUGGUGACAACCCAUAUCACUGUGAUAUCUGUGGUAAAACAUUCUCUGAAAGUAGCAGAUUAACCACACACAUACGUAUGCACACUGGGGAAAAACCAUACCACUGUGAUAUUUGUGGAAAAAGAUUCACUGAUAGAAGUGGAUUAACUAAACACAUACGCAUGCAUACAGGAGAGAAACCAUACCACUGUGACACCUGUGGGAAAACAUUCUCUCAGAACGGUCAUCUAACUCAACAUAUACGUAUUCACACAGGUGAGAAUCCAUUUCAUUGUGAUGAAUGUGGGAAAACAUUCUCUGUUAGAAGUAAUUUGACUGUUCACAAACGUAUUCACACAGGUGAAAAACCAUAUCAUUGUGAUAUUUGUGGUGAAACCUUCUCUGUGUGUAAUAAGUUAACUAAUCACAAACAAGUUCACACAGGAGAUAAACCAUUUUAUUGUGAUAUCUGUGGAAAAACAUUCUCAAACAAUAGUAUAUUAUCUAGACACCUACGCAUGCACACAGGUGACAACCCAUACUGCUGUGAUACCUGUGGAAAAACAUUCUCAAACAAUAGUACAUUAACUAGGCAUGUACGUGUGCACACAGGUGACAACCCGUAUCAUUGUGAAAUUUGUGGCAAAACAUUCUCUCUGAAUGGUCAUUUAACUCAACAUGUACGUAUUCACACAGGUGAGAAACCAUACCCCUGUGAUAUCUGUGGCAAAACAUUCUCUGCCAGUAGCGGAUUAACUAAGCAUAUGCGUAUGCAUACAGGUGAGAAACCAUACCACUGUGAUAUCUGUGGGAAAACAUUCUCUCAGAAUGGUCAUUUAAUUCAACACAAACGUACUCACACUGGUGAGAAGCCAUACCACUGUGAUAUAUGUGAGAAAACAUUCUCGGAAUAUAAUAAACUGACUCGUCACAAACAAGUUCACACAGGAGAGAAACCAUACCACUGUGAUGUCUGUGGGAAAACAUUCUCUGAGAGUACUGGAUUAACUAGACAUAUACGCAUGCAUACUGGUGAGAAACCAUACCACUGUGAUAUCUGUGGGAAAACAUUCUCUCAGAAUGGUCAUUUAACUCAACAUGUUCGUAUUCACACUGGUGAAAAUCCAUACCACUGUCAUAUCUGUAGUAAAACAUUUUCUCAGAGAGGUCAUUUAAAACUUCAUGUACGUGGUCACACAGGUGAAAGACCAUUCAGCUGUGAUAUUUGUGGUAAGGCAUAUGCUGAUAAUCAAAGUUUAACCCGUCACAAACCUGUUCAUGCACGCAAAUAAGAAACUUAUGAAAUCAGGACAAAAUAUCCAUUAAGUAUGGUAGCUUUACUGAUCAUAAAUCAAAUGUCAUGGAACAUCAUGAAAAUUGGCUGAAAGUAAAGUUUAUAUAAUGUUAUAUUACUUGAAGUAUUUGAGAAUAUUUUGUAACAUUUUUAAAGAAAAUUGUAUGUCUCAGUGUUGUAAUAUUUACUAUUGUUAACUUUCUAUAACACUGUUUUAUCAGAUACCAGCCAAAAUGUUUAUUUGGUUGAGAAAAGUUUCAAUAAAAUAUUCACACACAAUAUAUUAAAAUUAAUUUCAUUGAUUUGUUAUGUUACCUUAUUGUGUUAUUUUUAUGUCUCUCAAACUUGAAAAAUCUCAUAUUUGAGAAAUUUCUGGUGUCAGGUUCUCUCAAACUGGAUAUUUUAUUUUUUUUUUUUUCUGGGAUGUCCUGGAAAAAUGUUAAAUAAAAUUGAUGUGAUAAUGGAACUGACUGUUUGUCAAUGUAUCUGGUUUAAUGUCAGUUACAAAUGAGGUGUUCAAAUAUUAUAUAAUUAUAUUUUAUAUAAAUGUGUAAAAUUGUUCACAAUUUACCUUAGAUUAACAUCAAACUUAAUUUGGUUUCACAGACAUUUGUCACUAUGUUUAUUGAUGCUGUUGACAGUUGUAUUUUUGUGAUUUAAAAUUUUUGUUAUUAUAUAUUUCUGUUGAAAUACAUUGUCUUUGUUUCAGUUGAUUUUGAAAAUAAAAAAAAUAGUAAAAUAACUUUGUCAUUAUUAAGCUGGUGUUUGAAACAAAUUAAUAUGGAAUUUCUAUGGAAAGUUUUAAUUUAGAUCACUUUAAAACAUAAAGUUUGAAUCAUGGAACCAGAGGCAGCCUCAGGUAGGUUGGUGUCAAAAGAGUUAAGAUAUAAAUUAUGAGGAGAGCCAUGACUAACUAAAAUUUUGAUACUUGAAAGAUACAGAAUAUAGUGUAUAUGUAGGCAUUCAUCAAGGUUUAUUAUUGUCAAUGACAGACUUCAGAUAUGGUUACAAUAUAUGAUGUCCCUAUAUGUUGAUAAUCUAAUUCAUUGUUUAGGUUGGGUAGGGGGUGAUCUAAAGAUCAGUGGCCUUAUUAGUAUGUAGUGAUGGCUGCGGUAUCAACAAUUAGUAACUGCAUAAGCAUGCAGGUUUUAGUAAACUAGCAACAUCCAUGGAAGUCCCACAGUUUUGUUGAAAACUGAAAGACUGAAGUUUACAGAGACCCAUGAAGUGUAUAAUUUCUUUUGAAACUGCAUUUGUUGCUGUGAUGUUUGUUUCUUGAGGUAGAGUAAAGUUUCAAAGUCAUUUUUAAAAAAAGUAUAAAUCAUCUUUGAAAAUUAUAUUUGUUAUACCCAUCUCAAUUUAUCUUUCUUCUAAUUUCUUAUUUUUAUCUUUACAUCCUGAGUAAAUAUACUCUAGGAAGUGUUAUAUAUAAUAUUCUGUUAAAAAAUAUUAGUUCACUUCUCUUUGUCUUUCCAUUAUGACUAAAAUGAU